GCUAGUUAGUGUGGUACAGUUUUGAUAUUCCAAGGUCACAAGCUAAUUCUCUCCUUCCUCUCUCUGGUUGGCCCUUUGGCGCGCGUCAUUUGGCGUGACCUUGCUUGCAGCGGAAAAUACUGGGCCAGUGUUCGAGCCGCUGCCCAGCCCCUGUUUCACUCUGCGCGCAUGCGAACUUUCGACAAGGUCAUCGGUCGGUCCACAUCGGUUCUGUUGAAAAGGCUGAAGAGUGUGUCGGAUGGAGUCGAGGAGAUCAAGAUAUCAGCCUGGUUCAACGCACUUGCAAUCGACACCGUUGCGGAGUCCGCAAUCGGGAUCCCAUUCUGCAGCCAAGAGCAGAGUACAGGUGCAGAAAAGGAUCUCCUUGAUGCCCUUGUCAGCUACGUCAAGGUGUCGGAUUUCGGCUACGAGGUGGAUCUCGUCGACAAGCUGGAGUUUCUUGGCUGUAAUGUGACCCUUCUCCGCGGCUUGAUUGCCUUAUUGGCCCUUAUACCAGGCACUAAGCGGUAUAGGAUUCGACAGAACGUUUUGUUCAUUCACAAAGAGUGCCAAAAGAUAGUCGCAAGCAGGGGGCUUGCGGCCUCGGGGAGUCAUCAUGGUUUGCACCCCCCCCCGCCCCACCCCAGCAGUAGUAGUGGUAAGCAGGGAAUGGAGGAGGUAGAGGAGCGGACAAGUGCAACGCAGAUUAAGCGAUCAUCGGAGGAGGGGAAAAAGGAGGGGUCAUGGGGCACAACAACCCUUACAGAGGACUUGUUAUCGGUGCUGACGAAGGUGAAGAUAGUCCCGGAAUCUGCCGUCGACACAAAGGCAGAGAAGAAGCCUCUCACAAGUUCCCAAAUUGCGAGUCUGGUCCGCGAGCUCCUCGUAGGAGGCACGGAAACAACAGGAGGUACCUUGGCAUGUGCUGUGUACAUCAUCGACAAGUACCCUCAAGUGAAGGACAAACUCAGAGCAGAAAUCGACGGCUGGUAUGUCAAGAAGCAGCGGGAGUUGCAGGGAGAGGUCGAAUUGAGUGACGAACUCAUCCCAGAUGCAAUCGAGAUUGUGCAGCUCCCGUACUUGAAUCAGGUUGUACACGAGGUUUUGCGGGUAUUCCCCGUCUUACCAGUCCUUGGCAGACAAGCCCUGCAUGACUGUAAACUGGGAGAGUGGUUUAUUCCAAAGGGUACCGUGGUGGAGGUUCCUUUGUGUGCAAUGAAUUACCUGCCUGAGAAUUUCCCAGACCCAGAGGUUUUCCGCCCGGAGCGGUUCGAUCCCUCGUGUGACGAGCAGAAAUAUAGACACCCUUACGUUUUCCUCCCUUUUGGGCUAGGCCCACGAAUGUGCCUAGGCAAGAACUUGGCAUUGCUGGAGGUGAAGACUUUGCUUUUCUUACUCUAUCGCCAUGUGGACUUGCGAGUCGUGAAGGACCGUGUCCAGCUGGAUGCCAAUGGCAAUGUGGCAUUGGACGUGGGCGCGACAAUGAAGAUCAAGGGUGGCGUCUACGUCACCGUGCAUCCACGAACAGCCAUGUGACCAGGCCAGAGAGGCAUCUACAGGAGCACAUGCUGUAAAUCAACAUCUACAGGAGCA